AACCGAGACAUCCUGCUUGUUGGCGCAUGUUAUCCCAGAAAGAGCACUUUAGCUUCUUCCUCUUCCCUAUCCUAUUCUCCUCCACCCAAAUAAUAGCGUUACCCAAAUCUAUCAAAUCCAAGCGCUCUUACUUCUCCCCCUCUCCCUCUCUCUCUCCUCUGGCAAUGGCUUUCACGGUUUUCUUCUCGGGUGCCGCUAGCGGAAUCCCCGGACUCAUCCGCCUUCAGCGAUCACCGCGCGUUCCGGCGGCCCCCCGACCCGCCGUUUUAGUCGGCGACGGCGGAAACUUCGUUUGUGGAAGACAGCUCCGCCCAUUUCCCUUACAAGGGAUACCUCUUUCUCUUCAUCCGAAGAUCGCCGGAAAAUAUAAGAUCCUCCCGCCGAUCUCCGCCGCAGCUUCGUCUUCUCCGGCCGAAGAAAGCGAUUCUGCGGGGCAAGCGCCGGUGCCCUUAACCGUCAAGUACCAGGCUCUCAUCACUGGGUCCUUCUUCUUCAUGUGGUAUUUUCUGAAUGUGAUUUUCAACAUUCUCAAUAAGAAGAUCUAUAAUUACUUCCCAUAUCCGUACUUUGUCUCUGUCAUACAUCUAUUGGUAGGAGUGGCGUACUGUCUGGUGAGCUGGGUAGUUGGGCUUCCUAAACGCGCUCCCAUCGAUUCCAAUAUUUUGAAAUUGCUUAUCCCAGUUGGGAUUUGCCACGCUAUUGGUCAUGUCACAAGCAAUGUUUCAUUUGCUGCCGUCGCAGUCUCCUUCACCCACACAAUCAAAGCUCUGGAACCUUUCUUCAAUGCGGCAGCCUCACAAUUCAUUCUUGGCCAGCAGAUUCCCUUAACAUUGUGGAUGUCACUUGCACCAGUUGUGCUUGGUGUCUCUAUGGCCUCUUUAACUGAGUUGUCAUUCAACUGGACUGGCUUUAUUAGCACUAUGAUUUCUAAUAUGAUUUCUAAUAUCUCCUUCACCUAUAGAAGCAUUUAUUCAAAGAAAGCAAUGACUGAUAUGGACAGCACAAAUUUAUAUGCUUACAUUUCAAUCAUUGCACUGAUCGUUUGCAUUCCUCCUGCAAUAAUCUUUGAAGGACCUCAGUUGCUUCAGCAUGGCUUCAAUGAUGCCAUAGCAAAAGUCGGUUUAAAUAAGUUCGUCACAGAUCUGUUCUGGGUGGGCAUGUUUUAUCACCUCUAUAAUCAGGUUGCAACAAACACUUUGGAAAGGGUGGCUCCUCUCACACAUGCAGUCGGAAAUGUGCUGAAGCGAGUGUUUGUUAUCGGCUUCUCAAUCGUAGUCUUUGGAAACAAAAUCUCAACUCAAACUGGCAUCGGGACUUGCAUUGCUAUUGCUGGUGUUGCCAUUUAUUCCUACAUUAAGGCUAAAAUGGAAGAGGAAAAAAGGAAAACAAAAGCAGCUUGAUGAGGGGUGAUGGAAAGAGCGUAGA